AUGUCGGAAACAAAGGCUGCUGAGGCGGUAGUCUCAUCCCCCAGCAACAGCGAACUCCAGCACGAUGGUGUCAUCUCGGAGAAGAAGGGUACGGUCGGCGACCAGAAGGACAUGUACCGCAUGGGAAAGCAGCAGGAACUGCGACGAAACUUCCGCUUCGUGUCCAUCUUCGGAUACUCCAUGGUCCUCAUGGCAACAUGGGAAACCGUCUUGACUACUCUGAUCAUCCCCCUAACCAAUGGUGGCACCGGUGGCGCCAUCGUAAUGUUCCUCAUCACAGCAGUAUGCAUGGGAUUUGUGAUUGUGUCCAUGGCUGAAAUGGCGUCAAUGGCACCCACCUCUGGCGGUCAGUACCACUGGGUCUCGGAAUUCGCUCCACGAAAACACCAAAAGUUCCUCAGCUAUGUUGUCGGCUGGCUCUGCGUCUUGGGUUGGCAGACGGGUAUCGCGUCCAUUGCCUACCUGGCCGGUGGCCAGAUCCAAGGCCUUGUGAUUCUCAACAACCCCGACUACAUUCCCGAAAGAUGGCACGGCACUCUACUCGUGAUAGCCGUUGCCACAUUCUCCAUCAUCUUCAACACGCUACUAGCUCGCAAGCUUCCCCUCGUCGAAGGCAUUGUCCUAGUUCUCCACAUCUUCGGUUUCUUCGCCGUCUUCAUCACUAUGUGGGUUUUGGGACCACGCAGCCCGGCCAAAGAAGUAUUUGGAGGCUUCCAGGACAAUGCAGGAUGGGGAAAUGUCGGGUUAUCCGUGCUGGUUGGUCAAUUGACACCCAUCUUUGCCCUGCUGGGUGCAGAUGCGGCAACCCACAUGUCUGAGGAGUUGAAAGACGCUUCCUACACGCUGCCUCGCGCCAUGAUUGCCACGGCAGUUGUAAACAGCAUCCUAGGUUUCCUCAUGCUCGUCACCUUUUGCUUCUGCCUCGGUGACGUGACCACCGUCAUCAACACGCCAACCGGCCAACCCCAUAUCCAGGUUCUGUACAACGCAACCAAAUCAGUCACAGGCGCUACCGUCCUCGCAUCGAUUACUACCAUCAUGGCUGUCUUUGGCUGCGUCAACAAUGUUGCUACAUGCUCGCGCCAGCUCUUCGCCUUUGCCCGCGACAACGGCGUCCCCUUCAGCGCUUUCUUCUCCCGCGUCCAGCCCGGAUGGGACAUUCCUCUCAACAGUGUUCUCAUGUCUUUUCUCAUCGCUUGUCUGCUUUCCCUUAUCAACAUUGGCAGUUCCGUUGCCUUCAACUCUAUCGCCUCACUCGGCACAUGCGCGCUGCUAUCAUCCUACAUUAUUAGCAUUUCGUGCAUGUUCAUCAAGAGGUGGAACAAUGACCCCCUGAUUCCGUGCAAAUUCUCUCUCGGACGCGCUGGUAUCUGGAUCAACGGCAUAUCUAUCGUGUAUCUGUGUAUCGCGCUUGUAUUUGUCUUCUUCCCUACUUUCCCUCACCCAACCGCUGCGCUCAUGAACUGGAACAUCUUGAUCUACGGCGUCGUUGUCAUCUUUUCGUUCAUUUACUUUGCGAUCAAGGGGCGCAAGGUGUAUGUUGGACCUGUUGAGUAUCUCAACAAGGAUUUGUAG